GUAUCAUAGCUGUCUUAAUUAGUGUCAUUAGCGCAGCGCCACUAAAUGAAACAAACAACACGCCCUACAGAGUUGUCUGUUAUUUUGGCUCAUGGGCGUAUUACCGAGACAUGCACCAAGCUCGUGGCAGGUUUGAGCCGGAAAUGGCAAACCCCUUAUUAUGCACGCAUAUGAUGUACGGUUUCGCCAAACUCGGCGAUAACAACGAGAUCGCCGUUUAUGAAGAGGGUUUGGACCUUGGUGACACCGAUUGGCAAAGUAGCCCAGUAUGGGGUCGAGGCUUUUAUCGGCGCACUGAGCACUUGCGUGACGUGAACCCCGACCUAAAGGUGUUGAUAUCGAUCGGGGGCUGGAAUGAGGGCUCAAACAAGUACUCAAAAAUGGCCGCCAACGCAGCCUCGAGGGCACAGUUUGUCAACUCUGUGGUCAAGUUUUUGAAAGAGUAUAAGUUUGAUGGCCUGGACGUGGACUGGGAGUUCCCUGGCUUCGCGGCCGAGACGGGCCCCGAUCACGACCGGACACCCGGCGACCCAAAAGACAAACAGAAUUACAUAGAGUUGUUGCGAGAACUCCGGGCGGCACUCAAACCGCAUAACUAUCUGUUGACUGCGGCGGUCAGUGCCGGCAAAGCAACCAUUGAUGUGGCCUAUGAUGUCAAACAACUUGAUCAAUUAUUAGACUUUAUCAAUAUAAUGUCUUACGAUUUUCACGGCGGCUCUUUUGAAAAUAUUACUGGCCAUAACGCGCCCCUGUAUGCCGACCCUAAGGCCGAUGAGAAACAAAAAAUUCUAACCGUCUCCUAUGGAGUUGAGUAUUGGUUGAAACUGGGUUUAAGUCCCAAAAAGUUGAACAUGGGCUUUGCCACGUUUGGCCGCUCAUUCACCCUGGCCGAUCCCAACAAUCACGGUUUGGGCGCACCCGCUGUUGGCAAAGGCGGCAACAUUGGUCCGUACACUAACCAAGCGGGAAUGUUGGGCUAUAACGAGGUUUGCGAGUAUUUGAAGGCCGGAUGGACAGCCUAUAGGGACAACACCCAAAAGAUAGUGUACGCCGUGAAGGGUAACCAAUGGGUGGGUUAUGACGACGAGCAGACAUUUCAGGAUAAGCUCGAGUACCUAAAGGCCAAGGGUUUGGGCGGAGCUAUGGUCUGGUCGAUAGACACCGACGACUUUCACGGCUAUUGCGGUCCACUUAAACACCCGUUGAUUAAGACUAUUAGUCGUGAACUGAACGGUAUUACCGGUACUCCCGAUCCUGUUAUACACGAGGUUCACAUUCCGCACACAACUACUGUCGCGCCACCAAUGAAUUGAUUACAAC